GGAAACUAUGGUGCGAGUUCAAAUUAGUCUAUAAGCACACACAAAUAAGAUAGGAAAUAAAAAAUAAAAUAAAAACUCUAAUUUCCAAGUUUCCAUGAGAUUUCUCAAAAUCUAAAACCUUCUUCUAUUCUCCAUUAUUAUAGCAAAAAAUAGUCUGUAGCCCAAGAAAAAGACGCUCACUCAAAUUCACCAAAAGAAAAAAAUCAUCAGUUUAAGAAUAAUGGGUCUCUAACCCUAGAAUCCUCUCUCAUCGAAUAAGUGACUAGGAUUGAGCUAUAACUGUUGCGAGAGCGGAUACUGUUGGUAGUGGUUUGAUCUACAAGGCAUAACAAUAAGAAGUACGAAUUUCAUCAAGUCAGAAAACUUUCGCUUUAUUACUACUCAAGGACAGCUUGGAUGGAAAACAAAAUACUCCCAUCUUCAUCUGGAGGCUACGGCAUUGAUUCCUUUGGGACAAGUUUGAGUAAAAGGAUAUCUAGGCCAGUUGAUUUGCCUGAAUUUUCAUGGCCUCCAGAACCUAGAUUAGAAGAGAAUGGUCCUCUCUUAUCCACCACAGAAGAAAAUACUCGGGACUCAACUGUAAACCAAUCAAAUUCUGCCAAAAUGGUUGCUCUUGGAGAUUGUUUCCAGCACGAUCAAUUUAAUUAUCAGAACAGUACUGAAGGAUAUAAAUUCCCUAGUAAUAGGAACCCCCAAGAAAAUGGAGUUGAUGGUAUAAACCCUAACCCUUUAUGCAUGCAGUUGCAAGCUACACAGCACCAGCAUCCACAUUGGAAAUCUGAUGUCCCAACUGGGGAGAUGCCCGAGUCACUAAAUUGGGUAUCAAAGACAAGUAACAUGCCUGCACAAGCUGACACUGGGAGAUCCUCUUCAAAAUCCGAUAAUUCGUAUACUGAAAAAUCUCAGCUUCAUUCUUAUCAGGGAGAUUUGGUUUCUGGAAACCCUGCUGUCAAAUCUUGGAUGCCAAUGGAAAUGCAUAAUGUUUCCACUGGAGUUGUGAGAGAGGUUGGAACAGUUGAGCAGAUCUUUUCUCAGCACCAUGCGUCAUAUGCCUCUUCUCAUGGAAGAAGUUUUCCUGAAGAAGCCAAUAGAUUUGGGAAUCCUUGUGUUUUGGAACAAAGUCUUCAGUGUUCAAACAGGACUGGAAGUAAUAACCCCUCAUAUGGAGACAUUCUCUCAGGGGUCUUGGCUUUGACUAACCAAAAGGUUGGUGGAAAGUCAUUGCAUAAUGAGGCUCAGAGUUCCGUUGGUUCUUUUGAUAUUCGUGUAGACAAUUUACUUGAAAGUAGAGGAAGAAGUGACGUGGAAGCUGAUAAGAAAAAGGACCUGGAAGCAAUAGAUAAGCAGAACAUCAAAAGUUCUUUGACAGAUGACCUUUCCUCUAAACAUGGCCACUCUCCAUCAAAUUGUGUUCAACAUGUUGAGUCAUAUAAGUCAAACCGUAGUUCUCACAGAUUAGAUGAGAAGAGUAGGUCACGGUCUAGUAAAAUGUCUCCUGCGGCUGAAAAGCUAUGGGAUGGAUCUCUUCAGCUAAAUGCAUCUGUUACCGUGUCUGUGGUGGCUUUCUUCAAAAGUGGUGAGAAGUUGCUUGAUCUCAAGUGGUCUGAAUUUGUAGAAGUUAAAGGCAGAGUAAGAUUAGAUGCAUUCGAAAAAUUCAUCCAAGAUCUUCCUCGUUCACGCAAUCGGGGACUAAUGGUAAUUUCUAUUUGCUUAAAGGAGGGAGCUUCUGAAAAAGGACUCAAGGGCAUGAAAGAGGUUGCAAAUGGAUAUAUAAAAAGUGAGAGAGUUGGGUUUGCACACCUCUCUCCAGGUGUUGAUGUUUACCUUUGUCCUCGAAGCGAUGCAAUUAUCACUAUUCUUGCAAAAUAUGGUUUCUUCAAGGGAAUGGCAGCUGUGGAAGGGAAAUCUGAGUUGAUGAUUGGUUGUGUUAUAUGGCGAAAGAAUCGAACAGCUUUGACUUCUGUUGCUAAAAAGUCCGAGGACAAAGCUAAUGUUUUGCAGGAGCAGCUUCAAAAGUCACCAUCUGAUUCUUCUACGUCGCAAGGUGGGGGACAAGGUUCUCUAUCUGUGCCAGCAGUCAAGAACUCAAACCCACCUGCUCCAUUCAGCUCUUUGUCAACUCUUGAACAAGCAAAUGUCACUGAUGACAAGAGUAUUGAUAUUGAUUCCGCAAGCAGGACAACCUUUACAGCUUCAGCUGUGAAGUCACCCGCUUUGCAGCAAAAAGAAUCUGAACUUUCCAGCUCACAUCUUUGGGGAUCUAAGGGACACUUGCCGGGCAGUGAAGCUUCUUGUGUCCAUCAGUCAAAUGCUGAACCACCCAAGGAAACCAUGGACCUCCCAAAACCUGUAACAUCAUUGCUACCCAAUGCAUCAAAACGAAAAAUGGCAUUUUCAGAUGAUGAUGAUCUCCCUGAAUUUGACUUUGGAACUGCUAGUGGAAUAUCUUCAAGUUCCCAUCGUUCCGAUAGAUCCAUUCUUGGCAAUUGGCUUCAACUUUCUGGAAGUAGGAAUUUAGAUAUGUCUAAACAGCCAACCAGACCUGCGGCACCUUCAGUUUCCACGAGUGUUCCUAGGUCAGUAAUAUCGGUCAGUCAAGGUAUGCCCCUUGCUAGAAAUGUUAAUGACCAUGGUCAAUUGGUCAAUGCGUCUAGGCAAAUGGAAGAAAAGACUAGCAGCCAAAGUCAUCCUAUUCCAGUGGCAAUGACUGUUUGCACCUCUGGUUCACUGAUGGUUCCAUUUGAUAGCUCGGGUAAGAAGAACUUAUUUUGUGAUGAUGAUAUGCCUGAAUGGUUUCCGCCAGAUGUCCAGAACAAAAGAACAAAUGAACCACCAACAAUAUUACACCGUGAAUCUUCAGACCAAACCUCAAGAAUGUUGCCGCCUCUUCCUACAGGACCAGUCUUUCCUUAUCCAUCCUCCGCCACAAUCCAUAACAGUUUUUCUGUACAACCAUCUCCUCCACUCCAUCAUCUGCCUGCCAACUCCAAAGUGCCACCCCCCAUACCCUCUCAAGAUGGUCCUAGUUAUUUGACAGGAUUCACCUUUAAUCCAGUGCCAACACCCCACUCUAAUUCCCUUGCUGCUUCAAGUGUAUUGCAUCCUGCUGAUAAAAGAGUAAGGAGGUCUUGAUCUUAGCUUGUAAACUCAAUCAACAGUAAAAUGCUUCUUCGAUAACUAUUCAGCGACAUUCCAAAGCUGUACAUACACAUGGAUAGCUGGUCAGGUUCGUGAAUAGAGGAGUAAAUUGACAGUCUAAGUUGGUUUCUUUUUCCUUUUUCCUUCAUGUGAAGUAGUGUUCCUACAGUACAGUCAAACAGAAGAUAGUUGUUGUGAACAGCCUUUUCUGCAUCUUAUACUUGGUUCGUCUGGUUGACUUAAAUAGCGGUGUUAUUGAUUUUCUUAAUUUCUUUCUCUGGUCCCAAGGCCCUUUAUAUCGUUUAUGAAGAGUCCAAGCAACAUAGUUCUUUUUUCGGGUCCCAAGCCCCUGUAUAUCAUUCAUAUCUUAUCUGUGUUGUAGAAGGCUAAGGUGCUUAAUAGUGCUGGUUUGUAAGAAACUGGAAAAAGUAGUGUUUGUCUUGUUCACCCUGUAACUCAUAUUGACUCGUUUUCCAUGACUAGUGAGGGUUUUAUUCAUUUCACAAGAUAAUUGGACAAAGUCAUGUUUCCUAUUUCCAAAGCCAAGUGAUCAUAUGUGCAUUUCCUGUGCAUCUAGGUAUGUCUAGUACAUUUUUGCUAAAGGCAGCAUGAAAAGCACCUAUAUUGUAAAUACAUAAGAGGAAGGACAACUAAACUACUAUAUUACUAUUAACACCUCAAACUUAAAACUACAACUGUGUAUUAUCCUAUGUUGCUCGGACUCUUCAAAAAUGUCAGGGGUGCCUGUAGGAUUCUCCAAAAGUAGUGUAUUUUUGAGGAAUCUGACCCAGGUGCGGCAUUGAAAUUGAAGAGUCUGCGCGACUUAGGUAUUAUGAGAUGACGGCUAUUCAAUUAGAUGUUGAAAUCUGUGUGCCUCAUUGAUUAUUGAUGUGGGUUUAAAAUGCCCACCUAAUUGAUCAAGGGCUGGCAAAUUGGCAACAAGCACUUCCUCCCCUCUUUGUGUGUAAAAGCUUGUUGGUGCCCGCGCCUGCAGCAACGCCUCUGGAGCCGCCUUUCUUUAGGUUAAUUUGCUUUAGCUUGAGUGUUCCUUUGACUCUGAUCUUUAAUUGAAGUAUAGCAUCAUGAUAACUCUUUCAGAAAUUCAGCUAUUGAUUCUGUGAUAUCUAUAGGACGUGGCCAGAAUUAAUUGUUGGGGACAGACGGACUAGUAAAACACAGAGAAUUAUCGAUCAACAAGAUUAAAAUGGAAUAUGUGUUCAUGUAGCUAUUUGGCAUAUGGUUAUUUGGACUUUUACUCACUAAGUUUCCAUCCGUUAAGAUUCAUUUUGUUAACUUUAUUGGAAAAAAAAAUCUAAAAAACUAUGCAAUAUCAAUACAAUGUUUGGUCUUGGUAAUGAAGUGUUACCUUACAAAUAGAACGUUUGGUUUUCGAGAUGACAUAAAAUGAUGCAUGCAUAACUUAUGCAAGAAUUUAUGUAUUAUCUUAAUAAGAGUACAUUGGGAAAAAAAUUUAAGGAUUUAUGACUAUAUAGCUACACUCUUGCACGUGCUUAAUAAGUUCAGCAUCAAAGAAAGAGAAACCACUAGAGGAAAAAAAAUCUUUGAACAAAAAACACCGACGACUCUUGCUUGCAUUUUGAUGCUCUAAAAACUUUCUUUCUUGUUGGCAAGAAGUCCUUCGAACUAAUAAGCAUUGAUUAAAUCCGUAGUUACUCGUUUUUUUUUAAAUUGAGUGUGGCCAUCGAUUCACAAGCAGGUUAAAAAUAGAUGGUUAGAAUCUCCGAUUGAGAAGUGAACUCUCAAAUCAGCUUCAAGUUGCAAGGGUGACAUAUUCUGCAGAAGAUGGGGACAGAUAAUUCAGGGGUAUGUCUACAAAGUAUAUCAAAUCUUCAGCACCUAUGAUUGCCUUGUAAGGAUAGAAUCAUGGUGAGAAGACGAGAAUUGAGUUAUGAUUGAUGAAAGUCUAUUAUGUAUUAAGUAGUAAAAAGAGUCUUAAUUGACUUUCAUCGCCUUUCACUCAAAAAUUCCUCAAAGAAAGUAAAGUAGUAAGUCUGUUUGCGCAUAGCCUACUAUCUCAGUUAUUCUCCUUUCCUUGUCGAGGGGAAUGAAAAUCAAAACUUCAACACCUAUCAUCGCUUUGUGUUGAAGAACGAAAAAAGUCCCAUAUUAGUGGUUAAUGAAAUGGAUGAUCUCUUUGUGAGAAGACGAGAAUUGAGUUAUGAUUGAUGAAAGUCUAGUAUGUAUUAAGUAGUAAAAAGAGUCUUAAUUGACUUUCAUUGCCUUUCACUCAAAAAUUCCUCAAAGAAAGCAAAGUAGUAAGUCUGUUUGCUCAUAGCUUACUAUCUCAGUUAUUCUUCUUUCCUUGUCGAGGGGGAUGAAAAUCAAAACUUCAACACCUAUCAUCGCUUUGUGUUGAAGAACGAAAAAAGUCCCAUAUUAGUGGUUAAUGAAAUGGGUGAUCUCUUUAUAAGGCUUGGCCAAUCCUCUUACUUUGAGCUUAGCUUUUGCUGUGUGAGUUAGGUCCAGGACCUAAUUUUACACUUUGUAAUCAUGGUGAGAAGAUGGGAAUUCCGUUAUGAUUGAUGAAAGUCUAGUAUGUAUUAAGUUGUAAAAGAGUCUCAAUCGAAUUUCAUCGCCCUUCACUCAAAAAUUUCCUUAAAGAAAGAAAGUUAGUCUAUGCAUAGCAUGCUAUCUAAGUUUUUCGUCCUUUCCUUAUAUGAUAAGUUGAAGGGGAAUGGAAAUCAAAACUUCAACACCUGUGGUCGCGUUGUAAGAAUCGAAUCAUGAUUGGGUGAUAGGAAAUCCUCUGUCAUAAAAGCUCACUUCUGCUCAGGUACUAUCUUUAUGUUAAGAGUCUCACAUCGGAAAAGAGAUGGAAAAUUGAUCUCCUUAUAUGGAAAUCCUCCCCUUACGAGCUAGCUUUUGGGGUUGAGUUAGGCCCAAGAUCCAUUCUUUACAUGGUAUUAGAGAUAGACUCAUCCUAAUUUUUUGUUUACCGAUGUUGGACUCCCAUAUUAUAUUCUCCACGCUCCAUUUAACGAGGUCUGGGCGUGUGGGAGAGUUUUAAAGAGUCUCACACCGGAAAGGGAUGAGAAAUUGGUCUCUUUAUAUGGACUUGGGAAAUCCUCCCCUCACGAGCUUACUUUUGGGCUUGAGUUAGGCUCAAGAUCCAUUUUUAACUUUGGUAUUUGAGACAAACUCAUCCCAAUUCUUUGUUUACUGAUGUUGAGCCCCCAUAUUAUAUUGUCCACGCUCCAGUUAACGAGGCCUGGACAUGCGGAGGAGUGUUAAGAGUCCCACAUCGAAAAAGGAAUUGGAAGUUGGUCUCCUUAUAAGGAUUUGGGCAAUCCUCCCAUCAUCAGUUAGCCUUUUGGAGUUGAGUUUGGCCCAAGAUCCAUUUUUUACACUCUUAUCUCCAUAAUGUUUGAAGGGGUGGAUAUAGACCUCAAGUGGUGCUUCACUGGAGUUUAUGGGCCACACUCCACUUGGGCUAGAUUAGAAUUUUGGGCGGGAGUUAUCUGCAGUCAAAGGUUUAUGGAAUGAUCAAUGGGUGGUAUGGUAUGGGCUAUUUCAAUAUGUGCAGUUAUGAACAUGAAAGAUUCAAACGAUCAAUGGGUGGUAUGGUAUGGGCUAUUUCAAUAUGUGCAGUUAUGAACAUGAAAGAUUCAAUUGCAUAAGUAGGGUCAAGAGCAUUGUACCUAUUUCUCCGUUCGUACCAGUACACAGUGGUAGUAGCAGCACCAUUCCGUAGUUUCUUGUCCUACGAUUUCUGCUGCUCCUCGUGGUUUCCUGAGCUUCGGUUAUCGCAUUAUUUGACUAUUGUUACCGUUUCUUGUUUUUUAAUGCUAUGUCAUGCUUUCCUUCUUGUUGUUAUAUCUUCUUUAUUUUUGUAUUUGUCUUUUUCAAACUGCUUUGAUGUGUGUUACUUGAGCCAAGAGUCUUUUAGAAACAACUUCUCUACCUCAACGAGGUACGAAUAAGGUCUGUGUACGGUCUAUCCUCCUUAGACCCCAUGCUAUGGAUGCAUGGAAGUAAAAUGAAUUAAGUUUUUAAUUAUAUUUUAAGUAGGUUUCUUUAUUGUUCUAGAAUAGGAUUUAUGUGUCCUAGUUUCAUACGGAUUACAGUUAGGUUUAUGUUUCCUACUUUUAUAAGCAUUAGACUGUAUAGAAUAGGGUUUUAUGUUUCCUACUUUCAUAAGAAUUAGAUUAUUGAUGUAACAUGACUCCUAUUUAAAGGGGUUUUUGGAGAAUAAUCAAUAAGUCGUAUUUCAACAAAAAACAAGAGAUUGGAGUUCUCUCUUCCAUUGAACUCUAAGGUUUCAGCCUCCCUUUAACGAGCGGAAGAGAUUGGAGUUCUCUUUUCCAUUGAACUCUAAGGUUUUAGCAUCCCUUUAACGAGCUGAAUUUAUAUAUCGCCCUGUGAAUCAAUCCUUCCCUAAAGAUCCAUAACAUCCCACCUAUGGAAUUUAACUGUAUAUGUUGUUGUAAGAAGGUCUUAGAGCUCCGAGGAGCUUCUCUAACUUCAUUUAGGACAUGGAAUUGAAUGAUUUUCCAUUACAAGGAGCUCUACACCUGAUUUAGGGGAGAAGAAUCUGUUCAAGCUUCCAGAAAUUCAGAUUCCUAAUCUCUAAUGAAUGGAAUGACCCUUUUGGCUCAAUAAAUCAACUCUCUCCCAAAGGUUAUCUUAUAUCAUAGAUCAAUUGUGCUAGAAAGUAGUGACUGGUCUACAAAUCUAUUUUAUUUUAAAUCUGAAAACAUGUGGCUACCACAUGAAGGCGUCAGUGAGAAAAUUACAGAAUGGUGACCAAGUUAUAUGGUGAAUGGCACCCCUGAAUUUAUCCUUUCUCAAAUACUAAAACACCUAAAGAAAGACUGCCAUUUGGAUUAUGUAAUGCUCCAGUUGCAGUUCAGAGGUGCAUGAUAGCGAUAUUUUUUGGCAUGAUAGAGGACUUUGAGUAGGUGUUCAUGGAUGAUUAAUCUAUAUUUGGGAAGCCAUUCGAGGAACGCCUAGAUCAUCUGCAUCAAGUGUUGGAGCGAUGUGAAGAAAUAAAUUUGGUUCUUAAUUCGGAAAAGUGCCUUUUGGAACAAAAAAGUCUUUUAAGUUAGGAAAAGUAGGAACAUGCAGUGGAAUGUACCCCUUCUUAAGGUAGUGUUGUCUCCAUUAGGUUGCAAAAGGAUAUAUAAAAGGUGAGAGAGUUGGGUUUGCACACCUCUCUCCAGGUGUUGAUGUCUACCUUUGUCCUCGAAGCGAGGCAAUUACCACCAUUCUUGCGAAAUAUGGUUUCUUCUAGGGAAUGGCAGCUGUGGAAGGGAACUCUCAGUUGAUUAUUGGUUGUGUUGUAUGGCGGAAAAGUCGAACAGCAUUGACUUCUGUUGCUAAAAAGUCUGAGGACAAAGCUAAUGUUUUGCAGGAGCAGCUUCAAAAGUCAUCGUCUGAUUAUUCUACGUUGCAAGGUGGGAGCCAAGUUUCUUCAUCUGUGCCAUCAGUCGAGAACUCAAACCCAUCUGCCCCACUCAGCUCUUUGUCAACUCUUGAACAAGCAAAUGUCACUGAUGACAAGAAUUUUUUUUUCUUUUUUAUAAACUGGUUACUGAUGACAAGAAUAUUGGUAUUGAUUCCGCAAGGAGGACAACCUUAACAACUUCAGGCGUGAAGUACCCCCCUUUUCAGCAAAAAGAAUCCCAACUUUCCAGCUCGCACCUUUGGGGAUCUAAGGGGCACUUGUUGAGCAGUGAAGCUUCUUGUGUCCAUCAGUCUAAUACUGAACCAUCCAAGGAAACCAUGUACCUCCCAAAACAACAACAACAAACCCAGUAUAUUCCCACGUAGCGGGGUCUGGGGAGGGUAGAUUGUACGCAGUCCAUACCAAUACCUCUAAAGAAGUAGAGAGGCUGUUUCUGAAAACAUGUAAAAUAAUUGCUGCCCAAUGCAUCAAAACGAAAAAUGGUAUUUUCGGAUGAUGGUAAUCUCCCUGAAUUUGACUUUGGAACUGCUAGUGGAAUAUCUUCAAGUUCCCAUCGUUCUGAUGGAUCUAUUCUUGGCAAUAGGCUUCAACUUUCUGGAAGUAGAAUUUUAGAUACGUCUAAACAGCCAACCAGACCUGUGGCUCCUUCAGUUUCUGUGAGUAUUCCUAGGUCAGUAAUAUAGGUCGGUAAAGACAUGCCCCUAGCUAGAAAUGUUAAUGACCAUGGUCAACUCAUCACUGCUUCUAGGCAAAUGGAAGAAAAGCUUAAAAGCCAAAGUCACGCUAUUCCAGUGGCAGGUACUGUUUGCGCCUCUGGUUCACCGAUGGCGCAGUUUGAUAGCUUGGGUAAGAAGAACUGAUUUUGUGAUGAUGAUAUGCCUGAAUGGUUGCUGCCAGAUGUCCAGAAUGAAAGAACAAAUGAACCACCAAAAAUGGUUGCUGCCAGAUGUCCAGAAUGAAAGAACAAAUGAACCACCAAAAACCUUACCCCGUGAAUCUUCAGACCUAACCUCAAGAAUGUUGCCGCCUCUUCCUACAGGAUGAGUGUUUCCUUAUCCAUCAUCCGCCACAAUCCAUAACAGUUUUUCUUUACAACCAUCUCCUCCACUCUUAUCAUCUGCCUACCAAUUCCAAAAGUGCCACCCCCUGUACACUCUCAAGAUGGUCCUAGUUAUUUGACAGGAUUCACCUUUAAUCCAGCUCCAAGGCCACAGUCUAGUUCCCUUGCUGCUGCAAGUCCAUUUCAGCCAGCCGAUAAAAGAGUAAGGAGGGCUUGAUACUAGCUUGUAAACUCAAUCAACAGUAAAAUGCUGCUUCAGAAAUUAAUCAGCGACAUUCCAAAGCAGUACAUAUACAUGGAUAGCUGGUGAGGUGUUCAUGGAUAGAGGAAUAAACUGAGAGUCUACAGUUGGUAUUCUUUUUUUCUCUUUCCUUCAUGUGGAGUAGUGUUCCUACAGUACAGUCAAACAGUGGAUAAUUGUUGCGAACAGGUUUUUCUGCAUCUUAAACUUGGUUCAUUUAGCCGACUUAAAUAGCUGUGUUAUUUUCUUAAUUUCUUUUUCCGGUACCAAGCCCCUGUAUCAUUUAUGAAGAGUCCAAGCAACAUAGUUUCGGGUCCCCAAUAUCAUCCAUAUCUUAUCUGUGUUGUAGAUGACUAAGGUGCUUAGUAGUAUUGGUAUGUAAGAAACUGGAAACAAGUAGUGGUUGUCUUGUACUCUUGUUUACCCUGUAACUCCUAUCGACUCGUUUUCCAUGACUAGUGAGGAUUGUAUUCAUUUCAGAAGAUAAUUGGACAAAAUCAUAUUUCCUGUUUCCAAAGCCAGGUGAUUGUAUGUGCAUUUCCUUGUGGAUCUAGGUGUAUCUAGUACAUUUUCUCUUGAGGCAGCAUGAAAAGCAUGUAUAUCGUAAUACAUAGGAGGUAGGACGACUAAGCAACUAUGCUGCUAUUGGCACCCCAAACUAAAAAAAUUAUAACUAUGUAUUAUGAGAUAAUGGCUAUUCAAGUAGCUUUUGAAAUCUGUGAGCCUCGUUGAUUAUUAAUGUAGGUUUAGAAUGCCCACCUAAUUGAUCAAGGACUGGCAAGUUGGCAACACGCACUUCCUCCCCUCUUUGUGACUUGUGUAGAAAAGUUUGUCGGUGCUAGUGCCUGCAGCAGCGCCUCUGGAGCCACCUUGCUUAAGGUGCAUUUGCUUUAGCUUGAGUGCCCUUGACUCGAUCUUUAAUUGAAGUAUAGCAUUAUUAUAACUCUUUCAGAAAUUCAGCUAUAGAUUCUAUGAUUUCUAUUGGACGUGGUCAGAAUUAAUUAUUGGAAACAGAUCGGUAAAAUACAGAGAAUUCUCAAUCAACAAGAUCAAAAUGUAAUGUAUUUUAUCUAGCUAUUGGGCAUAUGGUUAUAUGGACUUGGUUACUGCACUAAGUUUCCAUCUCUUGAGAUUCAUUUUGUUUCCUUUAUUGAAAAAAAAAAUCUAACAUAAAACUAUGCAAUAUUAAUACACUGUUUUAUUUUGGUAAUGAAGCGUUACAUUACAAAUAUAACAUUUGGUUUUCGGGAUGACAUAAAAUGUUACAUGCAUAACGUAUGCAAGAAUUAUGUAUUAUCUUGUACGUUACAGAAUGUGUAAUAAGAGUACAUUGGCAAAAAAAAUUAGGAUUUAUGACUAUAUAGAUACAUGCUUGGAUGUACUUAAUAAGUUCUGCAUAAAAGAAAGAGAAACCACUAAGGAGAAAAAAUCUUUGAACAAAAAACACAGAUGCCUCUCUUGCCAGCAUUUUGAUGGGGCCAAAAAACUUUCUUUCUAGUUGGUGAGAAGUCCUAUAAACUAAUCGGGAUUCGAUGAAGGCCAUAAUUACUUGUUUUUUUGUUAAUUGAUUGUGGUCAUCUAUUCACAAGCAGGUUAAAAAUCGAUGAUGAGAAUCUCCAAUGGAUUUGGUGAGCUCUCAAAUCAGCUUCAAGUUGCAAGAUUAACAUAUGCAGAAGAUGGAGAAUUCAGGAGUAUUGUCUGCAAAGUAUAUCAAAAUUUCAACAACUAUGGUCGCCUGGUAAGGAUCGAAUCAUGGUGAGAAAACGAGAAUUGAGUUAUGAUUGAUGAAAGUGUAGUAUGUUUGAUCCUAAGUUCACAAAGAAAUGCCUUAGUUUCACAUGUGUGGAGUUCUCAAGGACAGAACCUGAUGUUCAGGAGAGCCCUGAAUGACUGGGAAGUGGCAGAGAUUGUUAGUCUUCUUCAGAUAUAUUAAACCAGCUCCCUGGGGUGACUAAUGGAGCAGAUAAGCCAGCCUGGUUGAUACAUAGUAGCGGGGCACUCACAGUAAAAUCUUGCUAUUCGGGAAGGAACAAUAGUCGUUCUCCUACAGUUAACUGGUCUUGAAAACAAAUCUGGAGAGUCAGAAGCCCACUGAAAGCUUCUUGUUUUGUUUCUAACUCAUGAAGUGCUACAGGAAAGAGGUACGCUGAUUUGCUCAAGGUGUUUUUUUAAUGUUCAAGAUGCAGAGUUCAAUAGCCACCUGUUCUUGCACUGUAAGGUCAGUUGCGUAAUUUCAAGAUCCACUUUGAAGCUUCUCACAAGUGAAGACUGAUAAGCAUUCCAGCUUGUGUAUGGUGGACAAUAUGGAAGGAAAGGAAUGCCAGAUAUUUUAAAGGCAAAAGCAGCAACAUCCAGAAGAUUCAUUGCCUAAAUUUACUUCAUUUUUGGUGUAAACAAGAUUUGUUUGGGGGUGGAGGGAUACAUUAGCACCAGUUAAUUUCAUAGUUAAGUUAUAAAGCUUUCUCUGUUUCUGCACUCCUCUUUCAGGAAGUUCCACAUAGUAUGUAGGUUGUAUCAUGUAUGAUCCCCUCGCACAUUUCUUGGACAAUCAGAUUUGUGAAUACGCAGUUACCCUUGAUUCAAGAAAGUGUGGAUGUAUUAAGUAGUAAAAA